CCCUCUCUCUCUCUCUUCCUCUCAAGCCGACGUCAAAUCUCUUCAGGCUACUCUGCGCACAGCCAGCAUAGCAUCGACUCCAAGAUGGCGAAAGCACGCCUGGUUUGUCUCCUGACUCUCCUCUCAACUCACUGCUACUUCAGCGUGUUAGCGGUCGUACUGAGGACAGACAACAACUCACCAUGGACAGAUGAGUUUGACAGAAUUGAAUUAUCGUGUUUGAUCGACUCGAUUUCCACUAACAAUCCCAGAAUCGAGUGGAAAAAGAUCAAAGCUGAGGGACCGAGCUAUGUUUACUUUAACAGGAAGGUUAUAGGUGACUUGGAAAACAGAGCGGUCAUCAGAGAGCCAGCCACGUUGGUGAUAACCAACGCCACCCGAUUGGACACGGCAAAAUACCGCUGUGAGGUCACAGCUGCUGACGACCAGAAGUCUUUUGACGAGAUUGUGAUUGACCUUGUUGUUCGAGUUAAGCCGGUUAUUCCAAAAUGCAGCGUCCCCAAAUCGGUACCUUUCGGGAAGUCAGCAGAGCUGAGUUGUAUAGAGGAGGAGGGUUUCCCGAAGUCUCAGUACCAGUGGUUCAAGAACAAGGAGGAGAUUCCUGACGACCCAAAGAGUAGCCACACAUUCUUCAACUCCUCAUACACACUCGACUCGGAAACAGGAAUUCUGAAGUUCAUCUCUGUCAGAAAAGAGGAUGCGGGCGAGUACUUUUGCCGAGCAAGAAAUGAUGCAGGAUAUGCUGAGUGUCCGCCGCAGAAGAUGGAAGUCUAUGAUAUUGAUAUUGUGGGGAUUAUACUCGGAGUGGUGGUGGUGGUCGUGGUGCUCAUAUGUAUAUCAGCAGGGAUCUACUGUGCAUACAGAAGAGGCUACUUCGCAAGUCAAAAACAGACGGGGAACAAUUACAAAGUUCCAGCAAAAGGCGAUGGCGUGGACUACGUCAGGACUGAGGAUGAGGGUGACUUUCGGCAUAAGUCUUCAUUUGUGAUCUGAACAAGGCGAGAUGACAUUAAGGUGCCAAGUGAAACGUGACGUGCGGGACCGGCAGUCUACGUUUCAUCACAGAGCCGCCACAGUUCAGGCUGCGAGCGCUUGGCAUGACUGAUAUCCAACUUUCCAAAUCCAACAGUUUGCCAAAGGUGACAAGAUUCGACAGGACGACAGUUUGCAAAACAUUUCACAGGUUUUAUUUUUGCCGGCAAUUUUAAAUCUUUUUCUCGGCCGACUUUCAAAUUUUUUGAUGGCAAAACUCAAAAUUCACCAUUAUCAAAAAAAAUCCAGACACAUCACCACACGAUGCUUCAAACUUUUUUUUUCUACUGUUGAAAUUUGUCACUCUAUUUUUGAUGGAAAAUAUUUUAAAUGCCUAUAGAUAAAGGUUUACUUUUUUAAAUAUUUGUAAAAUACUAACUGUGUUUUUUAUUCUAAUUAUUAUUUACUUGUGGGUUUAAACAUGUUACUUUAACUACUUUGCAUUUGCUUGUAUGCAUUUAUACCUUUGCCAUUGGACAAAAAGAAGGACAAACGGAAGUAGCCUCGCGUCAGCAUAUCAACAUGUGGUUCAUGAUCGGCGGUUUAAUUUAACUCUCCGCUGGGAUCGCCCGGGUUCCGUUGUCCGAGACCUCCAGUUUUGUUUGUAGAUAGUCUUAGCGAGAGGCUUUGAAGAGUGCCAGUCAAAUGCUGUGAAACACUGUACAUGAUCAGUGCUGCGUUUUCUUGAUUUUAAGUGUCCUUCUCUGCUUGCUGUUCAAUUUGUAUAUAUCGGAUUUACUGUAAAGAGUGUUGCUGUCACGCCGUACGUUCAGUAUUUAACCGUCAGAAUAUGACAGGCUGUGUAAGUUAACCUUCCAGACCCGAAAACUAACAUGAAGGUACAGUUUACACUAAAAAAUAAGGGCGCACCGAUAUAUUUUCCGAGAACAGCUGCUACGUUACAGAAGGUAGCGGUCGACAUAAUGUGUGGGACAGAAGUGUGGAUUAGAAUUUAUCAUCAGCAUUCUGAGUGGGGCUUGAUGGCAAAUAUGAGAGUAUAGCUUGACAAAAAGUGCAAUGUAAAAAAAAAAAGUCAGUAGAUUUUACUGUACAAUAAAACACUGGUAGCUCACUUUCCAAAAUGUUAUCACAAAAAUAAAAGUAGUACUUUUUUUCCAUUUACAGUAAUGCACUGUAUAAACAACGAUCGUAUAUUUUAUGUAAAAAAAAUUAAAUGGCAGCUUUGUCCCUAGGAUUUUACCUUAAAAAAUGUGGUACCUUUUUCCAUUUACAGUAAUGCACUUUAAAAACAAACAACCAUAAAUGUUAUGAUAAAAAAAAAAGGGCAGUUUCGUUACUAGAAUUUUACAGUAAAAAGAAGUUGUACUGUUUUUCCAUUUACAGUAAGCACUGUAAUAAAGGUUAAAGAUUUUAUAGUAAAAAAAAACAAAAAUCUGGCAGCUCCGUUGCCGGAAUUUUACCUGAAAAAAAAAUGGUUUCCAUUUAUAGUAACGCACUGUAAAUGCAAAAAAAAAAACACGUAGAUUUUAUGGUUAAAAAAACAACUGGUAGCUCAGUCAAAAUGUUUUACCAUAAAAAUAAGAGGUAUAAUUUUUCCAUUUACAGAAAUGCACUGUAGAUUUUACAGUAAAAAAAAAUAUCAGCUCGGUUGCCAGAAUUUUACUGUAAAAAGAACAGUGGUACAUUUUAUGGUAAAAUUCUGGCAACCCAGCUGCAAGUUUUCUUUACCGCAUAAUCUUCAGAAAAUGUCCAGUGUGGCUUUUAUUACAUUGCUCAAGUAAAAUGGAAAAAAUACAACAUACCUAGAGCAUAACAAAUAGCUAAGGUAGAACAAAAAGUAACAUUUGUGUCAGAGGCGAGGCAACAAGACAAGCAGCAAUAGUAGACACAUGAGAAGUGUCGCUCUAAACGCUGGUCGUUUAUACUCAGGAGAGCGGACUUCUAUGGUUUGUCCUUCAAGGUGUUUCUCAGUCAAACACACCAUCAGCAGGUUCGCCAUGUUUUCAUGAAUACAUUUCCACCGUUGAGAUAUUAUUUUAACGCCCAUCGACUCGUUCUGCUUGAGUGUGGUGCAGGCGAGCAGUGCUACUAUGCUCAUACUGCUUUGCCAAGUUUGUGGAUGAGUCCUUUCUUUCACUCCAUGAAUAUCAUCCACUUCUCCCUCUCAGCACUGUCCUUCACACUCACUUUCUUCCUAAGUUACGUCCAUCUCUGGCUGUACUCUAAUGCUAGCGAGUAGGACACGUUGUUUCGGUCGGGUCUUUCAGGGUUCACUGACAUUUGCUACGCCACAUUUCUUGUAGUAUUUUUUUCGGUCAAAUAAGCAACAAAUCUAGCAGCGUUCAGUGUCAGUCUUAAAGCUGGGUGGGACAAUACCGUGGUUUGGGAAGACGCUUUAAAAUUCCAUGCAAUCUGAUUGGUUGAAUGUGAAGUGGAUUAUAAUUGUAUAGUGCUUUUUCCUUUAUGGCUCAAAGCGCUUUACAUUGAUAAACCCAUUUUCUACAUUUAGGCCAGUGUGGCUGCAGCUGGGAGCAAGGUGGGUGAAGUGUCUUGCACAAGGACACAUGGACAGUGACUAUUAUGACGGAAGCUGGGUAUGAACCAGGAACCCUCAAGUUUCUGGCUGGCUGCUCUGCCAUAUAAGCCAUGCCGCCCAUUCAUUUUGGGCAUAAUAAUGCACAAGCAGGUCAACUUUUUCAGUCUUGUAAUUGGCCAAAAUGUUUUUUUUUUGGACAGAAUUUGUUCUAAAACACCAUAGUGAUGAAACUGUUUUUUUUAAACUAUCCAUGUUUAUUUGAGCAUGAACUAAUUUAAAAGCGAUUGCUGGUGUGCCUGGUUGCUCUGUUGAUCUGUAGACAGGAAACAAACAAAAAACACAAAAUAAAAGGCAUGACAGAAAUAAGUUAGUGCGUAAUCCUGCUAACUGACAAACACGUUUAAAAUAGAAGCACAAUAUAUGACCUAGAGAGAAACCUUAUCUAGUAACCUGUUAUCAACACAGCCUAUAUUUAGUUGGCAUCUGCAACAAUGGAAAUGUAUCAGUAAAACACAUAAGAGUAUUAUUUAUAGUUGUGACUUAAAGGGGCGGAGAUCAAAGUUUCUCAAGGGUCUGGAGGGUUGACAAAAUCACUCAUUAUUUUCUGUUGUUUUGUUUAGUCUGUAGUGAAGUACAAUCCGGCAUUUUCCUGCUGCAGCCGCUGUGCUUCAAAACAUGACUAAUUGUCCAGUGGCGGGCGGUGUGCCUCCUUGCUCCGCCCCGUAGCAGAAUGAAGUGGAUGCAGUGUAACAAUAUCCUAUUCAGAGGUGAUAUCAUACACACAAGGCUGAUAGAAAGGUAAGAUGAAACAACAUUGAUGCACGCGGACUCGUGUGUUCCUGAACAGCUGACCACUGCCUGUUUUUUUUGUUGUCAUGCUUCCAAGCGCAGUAAACAAAAACAAGACUAUUUCUGUCAAUUUUAUGCAUACAUAGUUAUGAAUAUUCUCUGUGAGUAUUACUUGGGAUUCUGAUUAUCAGUCAUGGUUAGGAGGACAAAAUUAAUUUGGUGUUUUUGUUCAAAUCAGGGGUGUCCAAAGUGCGGCCCGGGCGCUAUUUUGACUUUUUAUUGACCCUCAGUGAAUUGUCAAAAAAAGAAUUCAUUCUAUUCCAACAAAUCAGUGUCAUCUACUUCUUGUAAAUCCUAGAAUAAACCUACAAGACACGUCUAAACUAUUUAUGUUUGCCAAAGGUUUUUCUAAGCAUUGGAGUGAUAGGAGUGAAUUUUUAGCAUAGAAUUAGCAAAUUCUAGCCAUAUUGCAUUACCGAGAUUCAACAAAACAUUUGUAUUCUAAAAUAAAUGAUUAGGUAAUAGGACUGCUGACAUUUCCCACAACUGAGAAAUGAAUAAGUGAAAUUACUUUCCUUCUUCCCAUGGCCUGCAGAGGACGUGAAUGAUGCAACUUCCUGUCUAGAUCAUGUGACUUGUGGAAUGUUCCACAUUUUAAAGGGGUGUUGUUGGGAGAGGACUAAGUGAAAACCUAGAGACACAACUAAAGUGUGAAUUUUAACUAUAUUGUUUUAAGAAAACAAGCUUAAGGAGGAACUGCACUCUUUUUUGGAAUUCAGCCUAUCAUUCACAAACAUUAUGAGAACAUGCUUUUUGCGGUUUAACAUACAAAAAUCGUCUCGAUUUUGGCGGCCAGCACUGCAGCUAAUGGAAGCAAUCAAUUCUGCCUCUUAAAUCACUUCUUAAAACAUUCAAAAACUGUCAACAAUACUUAAUUUAUGUUUCGUAACCUGUAUAAUAACCGAGCAGCAGCGACAUUGUUAUUUUAGGAGUGAAAACUGAAGAACUUUUUUUCCAGCAUAGUAACACAUCGCCAUGCUACGGUAUUAGCCAGAAAAGCUAGCUAUGGAAAGAGAUAAACUAGCUUCUACGUCAACACAAAACGCGUUUGAGUUUGUAAUGCACAAUGCAAUGCGAUAGGACUGAAAAACAUGAACAUCAUAUUAUAGUAUCUGUAAAGUAUUAGCCCAUAUUUCAUGUUUUGUUUGUAUGUACUGUAGUUGUAAUAACACGCAUGACGUGCUACAUGUGUCAUGUACAAUAACAAAGUGUAACUCUCUCAAUGCAUAGUUGUGCGUUGGGUCCAGCUGGCUAUGGAAUUUUUUUCCGGUUUAUUUGGGUAACCGCUACAUUUAUGUCGAAAAAGCACGGGUCAAGUUUAGGUCUGGAUAUCGUUUAAAAAUGUCCGAUACCAGUACCCUUAAAACGAUACCAAUACUGAGUACUUCAUUCGAUAUUAAUCAUGUGAAAAUAAUGCAACGUGUUGCGUGAUUGUCACCACUCCCCAUUCAACACUUUUACACAAAUACAUUUUGAAAGUGAUGAAAUAUUUACCAAAUAAUUGUACAAACAUGUACAACAAAGUAUUAUUUCGGCUGUGUAAUUAACAAGCAAGCUAAGCUAGCGUUAGCUCACAUGCCGAAGACAUGCCCAAAACGAUUUACUUGACAAUACAUGUUUUAACACACAAAGGACGGCUACUUUUAACAUAGUACCCAUUUAUUACCUGAAGUUAUUGACAGUUGAGCAGUGUUCUGUUGAGAUGACGAUGCUGGUGUUGUAGAAGCCGGCUUUUAUAAACAUAGUACAGUUCUCCACCCUUAAAGGCCUACAGAAAUGAGAUUUUCUUAUUUAAACGGGGAUAGCAGGUCCAUUCCAUGUGUCAUAAUUGAUCAUUUCGCAAUAUUGCCAUAUUUUUGCUGAAAGGAUUUAGUAGAGAACAUCCACGAUAAAGUUCGCAACUUUUGCUUGCUAACACAAAAGCCCUGCCUUUACAGGAAGUAGCAGACGAUGACGUCACAUGUUGAUGGCACCUCAUAUAUUCACAUUGUUUUUAAUGGGAGCCUCCAACAAAAACAGCUAUUCGUACUGAGAAAACGACAAUUUCCACAUUAAUUUGAGCAAGGGUGAAAGAUUCGUGUUUGAGGAUAUUGAUAGCGACCGACUCCCAAAAAAAAAAAAAGCGAUUACAUUGAGACGGAUUCAGAUGUUUUUAGACACAUUUACGAAGAUAAUUCUGGGAAAUCCCUUAUCUUUCUAUUGUGUUGCUAGUGUUUUAGUGAGUUUAAUAAUAACUGAUAGUCGGAGGCGUGUGUCCACGGCCGGGUGUUGACGCGCAGUGUCUCAGGGAAGUGAACGGCAGCUGUAUGGGCGGCACAAGCUCAGCUGAUCUCCGGUAAGAAGCGACUUUUUACCACAAUUUUCUCACCGAAACCUGCUGGUUGACAUUCGGUUGGGAUCCAUGUUCGCUCUGAUCCAUAGUAAAGUUUCACCUCCGUGAAUUUUAAACAAGGAAUCACCGUGUGUUUGUUUGGCUAAAGGCUAAAGCUUCCCAAGUCCAUCUUUCUACUUUGACUUUUCCAAUAGUAAUUGAACUAAUUGCAAAGGAUUCAGCGACACAGAUGUCCAAAAUAUUGUGUAAUUAUGCGGUUAAAGCAGAUGACUUUUAGCUGUGUGUGUGUGCAGCGCUCAUACUUCCUAAAAACCCGUGACAUCACGCGUACACGUCAUCAUUACGCGACGUUUUCAAGAAAAAACUCCCGCGAAAUUUAAAAUUGCAAUUUAGUAAACUAAAAAGGCCGUAUUGGCAUGUGUUGCAAUGUUAAUAUUUCAUCGUUGAUGUAUAAACUAUCAGACUGCGUGGUGGGUAGUAGUGGGUUUCAGUAGGCCUUUAAGUUUGCUCCGUGCCUGAUGAGGUGUGUAGUACAACCAUACCUAUGACCGUUUCGCUGCCGGCAUCUCGGAAUGAUGAUCAGCCAAUUCCGCACUGCUACAACUCGCUUCACCGUCAUACAAACUAUUGUUGUUGCUGUGGUGAAUCGCUGUGAGCAAAACCAUAGAAACAGUCAUUUUUUCUUGAUCUGGAUACAAAAAGGACCGAUCACAGGUAUCGUUUGACAGACACAGUUUUGAUACUACUUGGUAUCUGGUUGUUUCGGUCGAUACCUUAAAGGUAUCGGAUACCGAUACCCAGCCCUAGUCAAGUUCCACAUUUUCAGUGCCAAAGUAACUUUCAGCUCACUGUCUCGGCUUCAGUCUGCUCCAGCGUUUCGCCCUUCCUUCGUGCUCGCUUUGAGACGCAGUAGUUCAUCCUCAGGUAAGGUUGGGAAUGUGGUAAUCUGAAUUUUCCUUGCUCAUUUCUGUUUUCAAUUGCACACCAUAUUUACUCCCCCUCUCAUCCACAGUAUGGAGUGCAGCUGGCGCGGGGCAGAAGCACACACCAUGAAAAUACUACUAGGAUAAAUGACCAAAACUAAACAAAAAGCGCUAGACACGGCUAGGAAUAAUACAGACUGAGAAAAUGUAAAACAGAGGAGCAAAUUACUAAAUAAAAACGCUGGACGAGGCUAGGAAAAAUACUUCAUGAAAAGAGUGAAACAGAUAAAUUGAAUGUAAACUAAAGGCGCUAGACAAGGCUAGGUAUUGUAUACAGGCAAACCUGUGAGAUGCACGAGCCAAACUUGAGAGUUUGCUAGUGAGACGAGAUAGGACGCAUGCAAAUAGCAACAGCGUUGACCACAAAGUUCCGGCGCUAACAGGCCGUCAGCACCCAGGUUGUAUAGGGCAGUGGUUCUCAAAUGGGGGUACGUUUACCCCUGGGGGUACUUGAAGGUAUGCCAAAGGGUACGUGAUAUUUUUUUUAAAUAUUCUAAAAAUAGCAACAAUUCAAAAAUCCUUUAUAAAUAUAUUAAAUAAUAUUUCAACAAAAUAUGAAUGUAAGUUCAUAAACUGUGAAAAGAAAUGCAACAAUGCAAUAUUCAUUUUUGUGGACAUGUUCCAUAAAUAUUGAUGUUAAAGAUUUCUUUUUUUGUGAAGAAUUUUUUUUAAAUGAAGUUGAUGAAUCCAGAUGGAUCUCUUACAAUCCCCAGAGGGCACUUUAUGUUGAUGAUUACUUCUAUGUGUAGAAAUCUUUAUUUAUAAUUGAAUCACUUGUUUAUUUUUCAACAAGUUUUUUGUUAUUUUUAUAUCUUUUUUUUCCAAAUAGUUCAAGAAAGACCACUACAAAUGAGCCAUAUUUUGCACUGUUAUACAAUUUAAUGAAUCAGAAACUGAUGACAUAGUGCUGUAUUUUACUUCUGUAUCUCUUUUUUUCAACCAAAAAUGCUUUGCUCUGAUUAGGGGGUACUUGAAUUAAAAUCUGUUCACAGGGGAUACAUCACUGAAAAAAGGUUGAGAACCACUGAUACAGGGCACCCUAAUCAACUUCAGGUGUGCACUCCAUACUGUGGAUGAGAGGGGGGGUAAAUAAGGUGUGCAAAUAAAAACAGAAAUGAGCAAGGAAAAUUCAGAUUACCACAGGGAAUCCUCAUUUGUCCAGAAAUAGUCGUCUUCGUUUUCUUUAGUACCAGGUCUGCCAUGAUUAGAACACACACUUGCAUUGCCAGAAGUCGGAAGUGUUCUGGCAAUGAUUGCAAUGACCAAAAUAGGGUAAAUAUUGAACAUAUUGUUAUGAACGUGUCUGUCGCUACACAGACUUGCAGUGUGUACUGUAUAUAAAACGUUGAUGGGUUUUGAAGUUGUUUUAGGUGGCUUUGAAGGCUACAAUGGUGACUCCCAUUAGCCACGUUUUCCAAGUAUUUUUUAAUCAUUUUUAAAAUCUUAAAAAGAAAAGAAAAUGCGUGUGUUCUUGUUUCUCUAAUGAUUGUGAAUGAUAGGCCAAAUUUCCCCAAAAAGUGUAGUGCAUUUUGGUCAGCGGCGGUAGGAAACAAGUGCUAUUUUCGGGGUUUAAUCUAGUAGAAUUAGUCAAACAGAAAACACUGGUAGGUAUGAACAAUACUAACCUGUUUAUUAUCAACCAUCUGGAAUUGACCUACGCUAUCUUUAAGUUGAAGUGGACUGGUAUUUAGGUUUUUUUGUCGACAUCGAGUGGCCACAAUAAUUCCUGAAGCUAAGUUCGCGACGCAGUACGUUGAAAGAUGCGGACACAUUUGUUACUGGAUACUUUCUAAUAAGUCUGCCUUGGAGAUUUUGUAUGUGUAAGUAAUAUGUCAUCAUAUUUAUUUGAUACAUGUUUAUGUUGACAAAUGUGCUGUUUUAGAGUGAAAUGUUGUUUUUAAUUCUGUACACCUACGGUCUGGCUUGUCUGCUAUUGUGUGCUCAGCUGUUGUGUAGCUGCUAGCUCUUAGUAGCCUAUAGUCUACUAUGUUUACCUUUUGUAAAUGAGUAAAAUACAAGAAAAGACCAACCUUGUGUGCUUAUUGGAGGACAUUUAGAUGUCAUAUACUUGCGUUGGAGAUUUUAGAUGCAACGUGAUAUUGUUUGUUUCUGUUAAUAUUGGACCGAUAUCAAUAUCAGAUUAAGGCACCACUUACUCAUUUCCCAAUGCUCAAGGUAGUUUAGAUUAUGAUUUUAAAUUGCAUUUAUUGAAUACAAAAUGAGAUCAGUUUGCAGAACACUUUUCUUAAAAAAUAUUUUUUUACAGAUUGGUCAUUUAUAUUUGCUUGUUUUGUCACCUGUAACACAUGUUUUGUUCAGAUAUCCUAUUAUGUUUUGACCAACGUUGGAUUAGUUUUAGCAACUUAAAUGUACAAAAUGUAGCCAUGUGGCUUACGCGUCCUAUUUUUUCUCUACUCAGUGGCCCGUCUGUGCUUCAAGUUUGGACACCCAUGUUUUAAAUAUUAAACUACCAACAACAAGAAACAGCUAAAAUGAGUUUACCACAAAUUCAUUUCAGUUGACUGAUGGAUGAAGAUUGAGGUAUUUCAGUCACGCACACAAACACACACACAAACACAAACACACACACACUCUUCAUUUAUACAAAUUUCAUUCCUCCCAAGUGCCUUCUGCCUUUUUAAAAUAGAUCGCCCACUUCUCUGCGUGAGCGUUCAUAUUUUGCAUCCACUUACUUGGCGUUUGAGAGGAAUGAUAGCACUGCAAAAUUCAUGCGCAAAUUUGUAAAUAUGUUGGGGUUUUUUCAUAGAUUAGACUCGACAUGCUGAAGUAGACCAAGGAAUAUAUUAGUGCCUAAAUAAAUAUAGUGGAGGGGAAAUAUUUUUGGUGAGGACACAUCACAGUAUCCAGCAAAAGAAUAUCCAAAGCAGGUUUGUCAUGUGGAAAGUUGUGUGACAUAUUCACAAUCUUUGGACAGAUGCUAUCAACAUGUUUAAGGGCAAUCUCAACCAAGCUGGCUUUGUACUUUGUCUUUUAUUAUUCACUCUUGUCUGAUUUUUGAGGUCUGAACUCAUGAAGUAAAAUGUCUUGGAUCAUUGUCCAUUCUCAAACCACUUUAUUUGUGAUGAAUAAAACUCACUUCCAAUAUCA